AUGGCUGCCUCUUCCCCCCAUAAGCUCCUCAGCAUUGGCACCAAAAUCGUAGCCGUCGGAAGGAACUACGCGGCGCACGCCAAGGAGCUCGGCAAUGCGGUGCCGAAGGUUAUCCAUCUUCCCCGAUAUGGAUUAAUGUUGAGAUUCUCUGCAGAUGGGACUGUGCUAUGAUAAUUACGGCGGUGAUCAUGCUCAGUUCUUCAAUAGAAUCCCUUUUCUGUGCCAGGAGCCCGUGUUGUUCAUGAAGCCUACCUCGUCGUACCUACAGAAUGGGGGUACGAUCGAGGUUCCAAAUCCCUUGCAGUCGCUGGAUCACGAGGUCGAGCUGGCGGUCGUCAUCGGGAAGAAGGCUCGAGACGUCGUCGAACUCACUGCUAUGGACUAUGUUGCUGGUAUAUUAAUUCGACUCCGAUAAUGUGCUCAACGCGCUAGAUUUUGGGCAUGGAUUUAUAUAUUCGUCGUGAUGAGGUGCUGCCAUAUACUAGGAAAUCGUUUCCCAUUUUCUUGUUUCCUGAGUUGUGGCUUCCUCUGUCUGUCAUUGGAUCGGCAAGAUACUUCACUCACGUGCGUUCCACAUUCCGUAGCAUGGCUAUAAUGUCUUAAUUCUACAUCCUGGACAAGCGAACGAUGAGUAUCCUUUCCAACGUCUUGUGAAGAAAUUCAUCCCGAGUGGGUUUAUGUCUGAAGAGCAUCUUCCUUCUCCAAAGCCCCUUCUUUCAGAUCCGCAUUUCGUUGUGAAGAAAAGAAGAAUUAUGCCUGAAGUUAGGUUAGAAUGGGGAAAGAAAGAGGAAGCUUGGGAAGAAAGGAAUAAGAAUCGUGGAUAUAGUAAAGGGUGAAGAAGAAACAUAACAAAAUGAAAAAGUUAGGAGCUAGUAGUAGAAACGAGGAUGAGUUCAUGGGAAAAUAUUUUUUCCAGCAGUACACUGAACAAGAGCCGGAAAUAAGAAGAUAAUGAAGAGAAAGAGUUGCUCAAGUUGAGAGAGAGGGAGAGCGCGGGAAAUAUGAAGAGGAAUCUAAGCUUAUUGAAUUGAUGCUAACGUCAGUUGAUAACGAUGAAAUCCAUAUGCAAGGGCUAUGGGUAAAAGGCAAGUGCUCCUUCAAGUGAAUAUCAUUUAGUUUGUUCUCCCCGCAAUGUUUGACAUUUACCAUGUAGGGGAAUUAGAAUGCAUCACAUUUCCGCGGGUUAUCUGCUUUUCUAGAUGUUUCCACCAUGCUCUAUAGAGAGGGAGAAAAAACAUGAUAAAUAAGAUCCAUGGAUGCACCCAGUACUGUUUAGUGUCUGUUGGUGGGGUUCAAUGUUAGUUGCCAAUCUGAGAACUACCUCUUUGUUCGUUUAAGUGAAAAGUGUAGAGCCAAAGUAAAAGAAAUUAUAAUUAUGCAUAUGUCUGAUCUCGUUUUUUUCUUUUGAAUCUGGGUUUUACUCGAUCCAAUUAAUGAUAUUCUGACUGUAGAGUGCUGAUCAGAAAGGAUACAAAAUAUCAAUAGAGAAGCCAGGAUUUUAUAGAAAGAGAAGUUUAGUUAUUUCCUUGAAGGGAACCUGAAAUACAAAGUCGAUCUCCUAAGAAAACAGCUCUCUUUCUCUCUUUCUCACUGCCACUCUCAAUAGCUCUCUCUGGUUUCAAUUUAGAUAGUAAAAUGAACGAUUUGAGAUAUCUCAUACUAGUAGAAUAGUACCAUCUUGGGAAAUAAAACUAUAAUUUUGUUGAAUAUUUAAUCCAUUCAUUAUAUUUUGAGCUGGACAGUCGAAUUUUCUUUGGUCGUAUCAAAGCUCCAUUGUCAACUCUAAGUUGUACACAGCUUUUCUGUUAUUCACAUAUUAGAAUCAAGAGUGUGUGGUGUUGAAAAAGGUUCAAUAUUGAGAAGGAUUUUAUUAAAUGCUAAGGUGAACACGAAAUGUUGACUCAUUGCCAGUUGCUUUUUAGAUGGCUAACCUAAUUCUUUAAGAAAUGUCCCCCCAAAGAAAGCAAUAAGGCAUCAUAGGUAAAGAAAAAUUUCCAUUGACCCACAUCGGUGUUUUGAGGUAUUGAGGGUAGGCUUUUGCCCAAUGUAAUUGGUUCUUCUUGUAUGUGUUAUCGAUUAUGAUCAAAUCCAUACAUGCCAUCAGUACCAUUUCAUCAGUUUUUGGGUAAAUGAGAAUAAUGUUCGUUGAUUCCAUCAGCUGCAUGAUUUUGUGCCUCUCAUUGAUAUUUCAAUGGAACAGACAGAAAGGCUUUGAAUGGGGGGCAUACUUCGGUGCCAAUCAGUAAUAGGGGCGUUGUGCGGUGCAACAUAUCCACCAUUAUGCAUUCUUUCCUAGAAUUGAGUUGACUUUAUUUUGGGACUAAAACACUUUCAUAUGUUCAUAUGAUCACCGAUGUUUAGUCAUCAGUUCACUCUUUCAACUACUAUUUGUGUUUAGCAUUCUUUGGAAUAUAGUCCAAUGAAAAGUUUAUACCACUUUUUAAAUCUUGCUGAUCAAAUUAUAAGAAAACAAAUAAAGAUUUCUCUACGGUCAUUUCAAUGAAUGCUGCAGGAUAUGCGCUUGCCCUCGAUAUGACUGCAAGGGAAAUCCAGUCUUCUGCAAAGGUUGGCCACUAAUCUUUUUUCUCCCUCCGUUAAAUAGUCAACCUUUUUCCUUUUCCGACUGUACAGAUUAUGAUCCUGAAUGGAAUGGUUGUGCAGUACCAUUUUAUUCUGUGUCGUUUCCUGUGAAAUGCGCUCAUCUCAUCCAUUGGUCUUGUUUGAUUUGCUUGAAGGGACAUCCCAUCUCAUAGGCAACAUAGGUUUGUUUGACUUUGCAAAUAUAGGGAGGGGAGAAAUAAUUUUUUUGGGUCGGAAUUUUUUUCAUUACUUGCGCGUGAAUUGAUAUUUUUUUUCUUCGUCAGGUUCUUUUAUAUUGAUUUUCAUAGGAAAAUAAAAUUCCAGUGCCAUGUUUUUCUAUGGUCUUGAGGAUUUAAUUUUUAUAUUAUUAAGGAUUUGAUCAUGAUUAUCCAUUAUGGCUUGGUAUUCUUGCCUUGAUUGCGCCAGGAAAGUCAACGCCAGGGAAUCCAGAGGGUAUCAGAGAGAGAGAGAGAGAGAGAGAUAGAGAGAGAGAGAGGUUAAAAUCGUUGUGAAUGACAGAUUAUUAUUUUUCCGUUGACAGUCAGCAGGGCUCCCGUGGACGAUAGCCAAAGGCCAGGACACCUUCACCCCCAUCAGCGCAGUCGUAAGAGCCCGUCAACGCCGUCCAUCAUCAUCGUAUGAAUAUUUAAUCGAUAACUAUAUAAAACCUUAUGGCACAUUAAAUAAUUCCAUCGCAGCUGCCGAAGUCGAUGGUUCCAGACCCGGACGACCUGGAGCUAUGGCUGAAGGUGAGUGCGUGAGUGAGUUAGUAUUCGUCCCCUUCGGGUCCACGUGUCAACUGCCACGUCACGGGGGGGGGUUCCAUCUCCAGGUGGACGAUGAAGUCAGACAGCGGGGCUCGACCAAAGAUAUGAUCUUCAAGAUCCCGUUCCUGGUCAGCCACAUCAGCUCCUUCAUGACCCUCUUCGAGGGUGACGUCAUCUUGACCGGUACGUAAUCUCACUCGCCUGGUAAUCGUUCUCCCUCCUCGCUGACGUGGGGUUCCGACGUGGCAGGGACUCCCCAGGGUGUGGGGCCUGUCAGAGUCGGGCAGAGGAUAUCCGCCGGGAUAACCGGCCUUGUGGACGUCCACUUCGACGUUGGGAGGCGCCAGACCAGGCACGUCGGGGUAUGA